AUGGCGUCAUCUAUGUUUACAUCUCCAUGCAAGAUCCCGUCUAUGAAAGGUUUCGGACAGAAGAGCAACUUCGGACGUAAAACAACCUCGUAUAAUGUCAGAAUCAAUCCUUUUCGAAGUCUAGAAGUUUCUUGUCAAGUGCAAAAGAUCGACUCGACCUUAAUACGGCCGGUCAUUGCUCCCGAGGCGCCUCUAUUGUCUAGUAAACCAGCCACACCUCUUCUUGAUCAUCAGCCCCUUGAGCUAAACCGACGUCCUCGUCGUAACCGGAAGUGUCCUACACAGAGAGCUGCCUUUCAAGAGACUAAUGUAUCUCCUGCCAAUUUCAUAUACCCUCUCUUCAUUCACGAAGGUGAGGUAGAUAUUCCCAUAAGAGCAAUGCCUGGACGUUACAUGCUUGGUUGGAGACAUGGCCUCAUCGAAGAAGUUGCAAGGGCACGAGAUGUUGGUGUGAAUAGCAUAAUGUUGUAUCCUAAAGUUCCUGAAGUGUUAAAGUCUCCAACAGGGGAAGAGGCGUUUAACGACGACGGUCUAGUGCCUCGGACAGUUCGUCUUCUCAAGGACAGAUUCCCUGAUCUUGUUGUCUACACUGAUGUCAAUUUUGAUGAGUACUCAUCAACCGGGCAUGGUGGGAUUGUAAGAGAAGAUGGUGUUAUAUUGAAUGAUGAAACAAUUCACCAAUUGCGGAAACAAGCGGUUUCUCAGGCGCGAGCUGGAGCAGAUGUUGUUUGUACGAGUGAGAUGCUGGAUGGUCGUGUAGGCGCGGUUCGUGCAGCUCUAGAUGCUGAAGGCUUUCAGCAUGUUUCCAUCAUGUCUUACUCUGUCAAGUAUACAAGUUCAUUAUAUGGCCGUUUUCGCAAAGUCGCAUUGGACAAGAAAACUUAUCAGAUAAAUCCCGCGAAUUCAAGAGAGGCAUUGCUCGAAGCACGCGAAGACGAAGCUGAAGGAGCUGAUAUCCUAAUGGUGAAGCCAGCAAUCUCAUCUCUAGAUAUCAUACGGUUACUAAAGGACCAAACUCUACUGCCCAUUGGAGCUUGUCAAGUUUCUGGUGAAUACUCUAUGAUCAAAGCUGCUGGACAUCUCAAUAUGAUCGAUGAGGAAAAAGUUAUGAUGGAGUCAUUGAUUUGUAUACGCCGAGCUGGUGCUGAUCUUAUUCUCACAUACUUUGCUCUUCAAGCUGCUACAAUAUUAUGCGGCGAAAAUAGAAAAUUUAUAUUCAACUAG